AAACCCCCCGUUGUUUUGUAUCAAGAAAAUGCAAUGGCCGCCAUCUUCGACUCUUGUGAAUGUUUUGGUCGUAGUUUCGGACUUUGAGGCCUUUUUCGUUUGUGCUAUGCAAAUACAGGAUAGAAAUAGUUUCGCUACAUCAUAGGAAUUCUGAAUUCGUUAACGUACAGGAAUCAGAAUAAUGUGACUUUUGACUAUUUUCUGAAACAAUGACCUCGAGUGUCAUGUCGUAUUUGUGGACUAAAAAUAUUUUCACAAGACCGCUGUGCCGCGUUCAGUUUACGAAGAUUGCGAAGGCAGAUGGAUAAAAUGACGAUUUUCGAUUGCAGUCGCAUAAAAUAAACUUGGAGGCCGGGUGCUCUCCAAACUCUCAUCUCGGGUUUAACCCAAGAUGCUAUUCUCAGCAUGUCAGCGACAUCAGAUUACGAACCAGCGGUCCGGCAAGAUUACGGGCCGACCACCUCCAGUGAAAAUAUAUAUGAGCAUGUUUUGGAUCAUAAAUUAACAAGUACUAUGGAUAUAUCAAGCAUAAGAACACCUGUACUGAGGGCUGUUCCAAUUUCACCCACCCAGGGUGACCCAGAACCCGAUUCUACUAACCCAGAGAGUAUUAUACAAACUGUUCAUAAAGUAGAUGGCAAAGAUAUUGAGUUUAUAAAUGAGAAGAGAUGUGACACAGAGAUGUCCAUUGACUCCCUUUCUAGAAUUGUAAGAAUUGAAGAAACCACUAUUGAUAAUGUAGCACGCAUAGCGUACCCCAUAAUACAAGAAACUGAUGAUUCCGGUGAUGGCAACUAUGUAGAAAACACUGCAGCUCUUAUUCAAACUCCCUUGAAUACUUCAAUUGUACAGAAUGUCACUAAGCUGCCACAAAAUUUCACAAUAAAUGUUGAUGCGGCUGUGGGAAAUAUAUCACACACACAGCUCACAGCACUACAGAAUGUAUCACAGGACGUCACCAACCAAACUUUGUGGUUGCCAACUAUCUUGACCACUGCUGCACCUCCUGAUGGUAAGAAUGAAGACGACAGGCCGGCUGGAGUUUCGCAGAUCAUAAUAACUAGUGAAAGUUAUGUCAGCGAUGCCAUACCAUCUAAUCGACGUGCAAACAUUAUAACAGAAACCAGUUACCUAAGGCCUAAAACAUCUAAGGUGCAGAUAUUGAGCAACAUAUCUUUACCGAAAAAUUCAAAUUACCCUUCACAGUACAUAACUCAAAGUAAAGAUAUAGCUACACCUGUUUAUGGAACUCAGAAUCACGUGUACAAAUUGAGUGCUAAUGUUGUUUCACAAAAGCAGUUGAACAACACAAUGCUGAGCACAAAACCGCCGAAGAACCAGUCUCUCAUAGGUGCUGCAUCACUUUCACCCACAGUAAUAAAUAACACUUCCAUGAAGAGUGUGCCAUAUGGUCACACAUAUUCUAAAAGCACAAACUUGAAUAAGCUUAAUAAUGGUGCUAAUUUAAAUGCUAUGGUCGCUGCCUCCUCUGGUAGCACGCAGUGUCAUAUAUUGUCCAGAGUUGUUUCUGGACCUAACAAGUUGUCAGUUCACUCUGGAAGGAAAUCUAUAAGCACAUUCAAAGGAUCGAAAAGUUCUCAAGUUAAUCAAAAGAAUCAAUCGAGAGCUAUUAAAAUUAUACAGCAGGCUGGUACUGCUCACAAAUCUGAGAACAAACCGUGGCCUUUAGCUAGUGUUACAUACAAAAGCCAAUCUUCCAAUUAUGGUAUAGUUGAGUCAAAUACUUCAAAAGUUAUACAGAAAGUUGGAAGUCCUACACAUAAAAAUCAACAAACAAUGACUGUGCAAAAAAUUCCCAAAGGUGAACGUCUUGUUUUGCAGUCUCCUUGUGGACCAGUUUUAUUAUCCACUGGCCCCAUAAGUACCACUCUACCAAAAGGUCCACAUUAUGUCCAAUCAGGUUCUACUCCAAACCUAAGAUAUGUUCAAACAUAUGGGCCGGACAAUCAGCUCUCUACAGUGUCCCAAGUGUCGGCAAACCAGCAGCUAACUGCACAAAUAUUAAAAUCUCUAUCACAUUCACAGCCCAAACUAAUGUUGCAACAAACUCAAACACCUCUACAUGCAAUAAAUCAUAAACCAAUUGCAUUGGUUACUAUUGAAGAACCAAUUGAAGCAAAGCCUAUAAACCAGAAGAGGAUAGUAUUUGGGGAUAAAUCUACACUAUUGACAGCAGAUGAUAUUAUAGGCAUGGAGGAAAGACCGAAUCUAUCUGAAGAACUACGUCGAUAUUCUUUCCAAUCUUUGGCUUUUAUCAUGCUAGAUCACACAUACUCCUUGCCUGUACAAAAACAACCAGUCGUUAGUACUCCAACCAGUACUGUGGCUUCCUUAUCUCCAGUUAUAACAUCGACUGUCACAACCACUACUCCAAUGAGUCCAUUAAAAAGUUCGCCCGUCCCAGUGACUUCAGUUGUACAAGAGAUACCACCAGCUGUACCAGUCAAUAUAGUCGGAGUUGGAGCAGGAGCUCCCAUACCAGUGACUUCUGUUCCACUCGGAGCUCUCACAUACAAACCGCAGCUUCCCCCAUUGCCUUCUCAGGAUGAGGAUACAGCAUCGGUCACAUCCUCAAUUGAAGGGGAAACGAGGCCUCCCAUGCCCGGUGGCAGUGAUACUGAAACUGCUCCAGAAGGUGAAGAAGAAGGGAAGACUAGAUGUAUUUGCAACUUCACUCAUGACGACGGAUAUAUGAUAUGUUGCGACCGAUGCGGCGAAUGGCAACACGUGGACUGUAUGGGUAUAGAUCGACUGAAUAUACCUGACGCAUACAUGUGCGAGUUGUGCCAUCCACGUCCCAUAGAUAGACGUCACGCCCGAUCCAUACAAUUGAGAAAAAGAGAAGAAUUGAGCGCUUUAGGUGCAUCAGAUUCAGAUUCAUCAGAAUGUGGCCGACCUCCUGGUCAAAGAAGGAAACGGUUGUUAACAGUCACUACAUACACUAACACUAGUGGAUCAUGUGUGACGACGUACAACUCCAACUUACCUGUCCUGCCACCACUACCCCAACCGACAUUGACAUUACCGAAGAGAGGUCUCAAACGUCCCAAAAAAGCAGAGGUCGUUAGAAAAGGCACAAAGAGAAAGCUUGCAGAAAAACGAGUGAAACGGAAGAAGGAAAUGAUGUUGAAUAGAAGCAAAUACAGUACUAAUAUGUCGACACAGUCUCAUUGGAGAGAUCAAUACGAGCUAGCUGUGACAAAUCACUAUAGUCCAGAACUGCGCGCUAAGAUUAUGAAGUAUAGUAGUAAACUCGGUAGCACGCCCAAUAUGGCAGCAGCGGUCACUGCGCAUCUAUGUACCACAGUUCCCCACGCCGGUGGAAAAAUACUUAUAGCUACGAAAGACCUCAAGGAUAACUCACCCAUUAUCGAACUGAGAGGCAAAUACAUGCUCUCAAUUCAGCACAGGCCACAAUUACAAAACUCAGCUCGGGCAGGCAGUCAGAAACCAGGUCCAUUUGUAUUUUUCUACAGAUUACCAAAAGACAAUACACAAAUAUGUAUUGAUACGAGGACGUAUGGGAAUGAAGCGCGAUUCGUGCGUCGCUCUUGUAAACCUAAUGCUGAAUUGCAGCAUUGCAUCGUUAAAGGUGCAUUGCAUGUGUAUAUUGUAACGAUAACUGAUAUCCAAUCGAAUACUGAAAUAACCGUUGGACACGACACAAACGGAAGCAAACAACCCUGCGCCUGUGGAAACCCUAAACACUGUAAAGUUAAUGGUGGCCUUAGUCCUUUGGUGACUAGAAAAAGUGUUGAUUGCACACAAAGAGAAAAGAGAAGUAGGAAUAGAUGCUUCAGUGCGUCGUCACCAGCGUCUCCUCCAUUGACUCCUCUGACUCCCAUAAAAGACUUACCGUCGCCAUUUAGUAUUGUUAAAACUGAGAAGAAAUCUCCUAUAAAACAUGAGUUUCCCCCUAUGUCGCCCGCUAAGGAGCCUUUACUUUCUCCCGACUACCCUCUGAAAUUCGAACCUUUAUUUGUGAAACAGGAAAAAGAGGAAGAGAUUGACUUGACAGCCAAAGAAGAAAUGAAACCAGAACUUGAUGAACCCGAUUUUGAUAAAAUUGAACCCAAAAUAGAAGAAAAUAUAGAAAAAUCAGAAGAGGAAAUGGAAGUUGAACCAGAACCGGAAACUUUUAGUUCUGCUAUAAAAAUAGAAGAAGAAAUUAAAGAGGAAGAAGUUCUACCCCCUCCAGUUGUUGAAGAAAAGAUCGUGGAACCUAUAAAAGAAGUGAUAGAGGAGAUACAGAUUCCAGAAGAACCCAAAGUGGAAAUUAAAACAGAACCUAAACUAGAACCCAAAAUGGAACUCAAAUUGGACCUAAAAGUGGAACCUAAAGCUGAACCCAAAGUUGAACAUGAGAGACCUGUAACGCGAGAGCUGACUGCUAAAUCUGCGUGUCACGACAGGUCAUCAAGAUCAAGCCGUACUACAUGCAUUAAUCAAGAUUCUAUGGAUGACAAAACUGAUGACUCACAAGAUAAAAUCACAGCUGCUAAAGAGAAGGAAAAGAGGAAAAUGACUCGGGAAGAGCGUAAAAUGGAAGCUAUAAUGAAGGCUUUCGAGCGUAUGGAGAAGGCUCAGCAAAGGAGACAAGAGGUCAAAGAGAGGCAGAAGCGAAGGGAAUCCGACCCACAUCCCAGCAACAUUGAUAAGGAUGAUGAUGAUGAUAUACAUUGCAGUUCUAAGAAGAGGAAGAAGCGUAAAGGUCGAGCUCGCACGGCGUCCCAAUCAAACAGACGUCGUCUCAACUCCGCUGACAGCGACAUGGUGACGUCAGGAGACGAGGCUGGUCCGCUGUCUCCGCGGGGCCCGAUGCAGUUGGAGCAUAUUCCACACCCACCUGAGCCUGAAACACAUGAACCAGUUAAUGAGGACCUCGGUUUAAGCUCGGCGUGCCUACUUGUAGAAGCGGCGGUUGGUUCCGUAGAAUCUGCUUUCAAACUUCCCAAAACAAAGAAAACUAUGGCAACAGAAUGGCUUGGCCGUUCGCCUGAGCGGACCCCAUCCCCUUACCAAUCUCCAUACAGACCCCCAUUAGUAUCGGCACCGUCGUUAGAAAGCUUAGUCAGGGUUGCCUCAACAAUGAUUGGUGAUCUCAGUGGGACUCCGGAUUUCAACGAUGAUGACCCUCCAUCCCCACCAAGGACCCCUGGAAGGGAGAGGAAUAAGCCACCGAAGAAGGCAAAGAGGAUCACAAGGAGUACUCCUCCAGCUGAAGUUCCUGAAGUGAUUCCAGUGCAGCACAGUGCUAAGAAACGAUGGUUGAGACAAGCUAUCAGUGAGGAGAGUGAUUCCCCCAUCAUAGAAUCUCCUCCAAACGAAAUUGUGACACCAUUGAAGAAGAGACGUAUGGCGAGGGAGUCAUUGUCUUGUGAACAGAACACUAUUGUGACGUGUAACGAGGACACUUCUCCAGUAUUGACAUCUGAGGAUUCUCCAGUAAAAGAAGAUGCGUUGUCUUUGGCGCGGCAAUAUAAACGGAAUAUAAUGGAUAUGUACAGUCGCGACCGGACGCGGUCUGACAGCGGACAAGGCUCUGACGAUCAAUGCAACAUUGAUCAUGACGUUUUAAAUGUUAAUUUAAGAGGCCCACACAAUACCGAGCAUAUCAGAAGGAUUAUAGGUGUACCACCAACACCAGAAGAGGAAGUACCACCGGACAUAACUAAACCAGAAGACAUUGUUAUGAACAACAACACUCUGGAACUCGACGAAGGAGCUUACAACAACAAAGUUGUGCCAAUGGACAUAGACACGACAGUCGUGACGCAAACAAAAUUAGAAUCAAACGAAAACAUGUCAGAAUUGAAAGAUCUUAAAGGCAUUGAGAGCCCAAACGACAAAGUGCAUAGCUCCCAAUCUGCCGACACGUCUGGAAACUCGUCACCACAACGAGACGAAAUGGACGACAUCCAAAAGAAAAUACAUUCAUUUCACACAGAAAACAUACAAAUACUGAAGAGUAGGAAUAAGAAACCUCCAAAAGAGAAGCGAAAGAAGGUCAACUUGAACUUUGACCUGAAUAUGGUGGACGAUCAGAUCAGCAUACAGCUGCGCACUGAAGACGACGCCAGUUCAAAAUCAUCCGAGAUCAACGGCGACAUUCACGAAGAGGCAAAUUCACACGAGGAUGUAAAGUUACAUGUUUCGCCCGAAAACAUACCUCUGCCGCCCGUCGAGUCGAUACCUCUGCCGGCGCCAGAGAACAUACCUCUACCCGAAGAGCCCAGCCCUGUGGUGAUGCCGUCUCCAGAAACGAUACCCCUACCUGAAGAGCCGAUGCAGCCGAUUCAGAAAUCAGUGAUAGUAGAACCAUCAGUGGUUAAAACUGUAGAGAAAUGUAGUGACAUCGAGCCGAGUGACAGGCCGUCAGUGUUGGACAACACGCUGCCGUUUUCGACUCGGUUCAGCUCUACCGGCCUAUUUUCCGGGAUAUUCAGCAACAUGUCCCACUCGUUCAAAGUGGACAGCCCUAUAAACGAGAACAUACCCAACAUGUCGUUAAUAAAGAGUGCAAUAGACAGGACUACAAGUUUAGACGCUAGUUUGUUUGAUAAAGGUAGUGUUAGCCCGGUGGACGAGUUGAAGAGUGUGCAGGAGAUCUUGACUCGUGUGAACAAUAUGGACUCUAAUAACAGUGUGUUGUUGUCUGGCGUGCUGAGGAGUGCAAGCGCGGGCAGCACGGGGGGCGUGGGGGCCGCGCGGCCCCUGAGGAACAACGACCCGCGCCUCAACCCGCCGCCGCAGGACAAGCCCAAACCUGUUCGGAGAAAGCUGUCGAUCAGCGAGUACCGCAAGCGGCACCUGUGCGCGGGCGCGGAGGAGGGCGCGGCGGGCGCGGGCGGCGGGGAGGCGGGCGAGGGCGGCGAGUGGUCGCGCGGCUCGUCGGGCUCCGCCUCGCUGUCGCCGCAGCGGCUGGACGCGGCGGCGGCGGCGGCGGCCGACGAGCUGGAGCAGCGCCUGCACAGGGAUCUCAACGCGCAGCUGCCCAAAGGCGUAUUCGACGCUCAGCCGACAGCUUCGGAGCGGCAACGAGAGAACCUUAGCUCGCGGCUGCGCCGGGAGUUCGGCCUCGCGCUGCCCGAGGACGAGGACGCGCGCCUCGCGGACACCGAUGCGGUCUUGAAGCGUUGCGACAGAUAGAGGCGCGCCGGCGCUCGCAAGUAUUUUUGUAAAUCUCACGCGACUGUAAUAUACACUUUUAUAAACGAUUCGGUUUUAUUGGCACUGAAUCGUUCAUACACAAAUCCUGACACACAUAAAACUGAUGAACGUCUUGUCGUUUUUGUAUAGGAUUUGUGUAUCAGCGAACUAGCAUAGUUGUAUUGUAUUGUAUAUUUUCAGUUUCUUGUCUUUAGAUUUUUUUUUAUUUGUUUCAUUUUCACGGUUUUUCUGCAAGUACAAAUUGUUUUUAUUUCCCUCUGUACAUAUUGUAUAUAGGAGAGUUUAAGGUAAUUUUUACGGUACGUAUAAAAUAAUGGUAUAUAAUUAAUUAAAUAUUGUAUAGAGAAAAGAUUUUUUAUAUGUGUACACAAAGCGUUUUAGGCGAUAUGUUUUUGCCUCUGGAGUGAUUGUCAUCAAGCGUCAAAAAGCCCACCUAAUGAAACGACAAAGACGCAAAAUGCAAUAAAUAUACAUUUUAAGGUAACGUCACAUACCUCUCUCUUUUACUCGAGUUACGUAAAGUAACAAGGGAUUGCAACCCUAUCUUAAUUCGGUUAGAUCUGAUCAAACUCCAAUCUGAUUUGAGUUGAGUGGUCAUAAUAAAUAAACUAAAAUUAAGUUUAUAAAGAAAACAAUUAUAUAUGAAAUGUUUCGAAUCAAUUUGGAUUGUUUGGAUUGCAAUCCCUAGAAAUACCAUUACAUGAUCAAUACGACUAUUAAUACGAGCAAAUACUUGUGAUACACAAAGGUUCUCUAGAGGUAACAACAUCUCACUCGUUUUACGUAUCACUAUCAUUGCGAUAUGAUUAUUUAUUAAAUAGAGGAGAUUCGGGGUUGUAAGGAACGUCGGGUUUGGAGGAUAGGAUUUUUGUAACGCAUAAUGUAAGUAAAUUAAAAUUUGUUUUUAUUGUUCGUUUUAUCUAUUAUUCUAUUUUUAUUUUUCUCUUUUUAAUAAAUACUACGUGUUGCGGGCUCGUUUGGCUUUGAUUACGUCACAAAAAAUUUAAUUUAACAACUUAUUUAAUAGUGAGUUUUGAUAUCACACCGUGUCAACAAACUGUGAUAUUUGAAUAUCACAAAAAAUCUUUUUUUACUUAGUUUGUUAACGAAGUAAGAAAUAUUUUGAAUAUAUCUGAAAUAGAUCAUUAGGUUCAGAAGUUAAACACAUUUUAUUUAUUAGAUUAGUGUAAUGGGAACUUCGUUGCAAACGCGUUUAUAUAUAAGCGAAUAUUGUAUAGAAAGUCACGACAACUAAACAAAUCUGUGUGGCUUUAACACACAGAACCGACAAAAUACCCUCAAGGUUUGUUUCACUCUUAAAUGUUGACUUGACAAACGACACUUACAACAACAAUAAAAUAAGCUAAAAAUAAUCAUUUAUUAUAUCUUGUCAUAAUCUGAAAAUGUCUGUUGGAAUGGAUCGAGCGUUGAAGGACUCUUGUCUGAAAACAUGUGUCCUCAGAAUACAGAAAACUCCAGGUGUGAUCGCGCAUAGGAAUGAAGGAAUGAAAUUACUCUUUUUUGGUGUAAUCACUAUGUUUGCCAUGUUGUGUGACGUAUACAGGUACAAGUUUUGGACACAAUGCGUGUGUCAUGAUUAUACAGGUUAGUCAGAUAGUCGCAGAAAAUGACAUUAAAUGACUAGCUCGCAUUAGAUAUAUGAGGUUGACAAUUUCUUGUGACGUAAUCAUAGCAUAGUGUGUCCCCAUCUACAAGUAGGUCUCUUUAGUGUAGAGUUUCUGGUGUAGUUUAGUGUCGAUAAUAGACUCUCGUAAGCCAUUCUUAGAAGUAAAUACGUGUCAUAUAGUUAGGCGAGCGCCUCAUUGCAAUGUCUACAUCACAAGGUUAAGAUAGACGCACACUUGCAACACGCCGCGUGUACGCCGCUCGAUGUGUUAUAAGUGUGUCAAAUUUACGAAAGAUUAUUACCUGUCGGUUUUGAAUUUUCGUUAUGGAUUUUUAACGACUUAGGCCGGAUUUAUUUUUUUGGGUAGAAAUAUUAGCUAGUAGUUCAGUCAAACUCUGUCGUAGUUUAAGCCUCGAUAUUGUCGUAUUUACAGCACACGCUUUUCGAUUAGCUGGAUAAGAAAAGUGAUGAUUAUUAUUAUUAUUAUUAUAUCCAAAAAUAAUAUUGGUAUAGAGAAUCGUCGUAGAUAAACCAAAAUUUCUUUUAUGCAAGUAUUUUACGAGUACCUUUAUAGGAAUCUAUACGGCAUAGGUUUUUUUUUCAUUUAAAUUAAUCAACAAUGAAAAAAUAAGUCAUUAUUUAUUAAUAUAAUACUAAAGCAACACAAUUAGAUUUUAAUAGAUUAAAGUAGGUACUUUACAUCACAAAUACACUCUUAAAUACAUGCCAUUAACUACAAAGCCGUACUCUUGACGAGAAUUUUUUUUAAAAAUAAAAUGUCCAAUAAUAUGAUAUAGUAUCUUACAAUAUUUCCCAUAAUUUUCCUAGAUUUACCCUUUUACCUUGUAUACAAAAAGAUUUGCAUAGCAUAAAACUGUCUCGGUAUAGAUUACAUUCAGUAAUUGUUUGAUAAAACUACCUAAUUUUUUAAAAAUCGUUACCUAAAACAAAUAUUUUGGUGUAAUUAUUAUUACAUAAAUAAUAAAUAUUCAUUGUCAUCUGGUAGUAGAUGACAAUAAAUAAUUUCUGUGAUCAAAAUAAUGACGUUUAAUUUUUUUUUAGUUUUCAAGACUUCCGUUCGUUGCAUUUGUAUGUAUACAAAUAUACAGUAGUAGUCGAUUGGUAAUGAAAAUUAUAUUAAAUUUAAAAAAAUCCCACAUGUGUUUAUUUUAAAAUCACUAUAAAUUAAACCGAUAUUUAAAUUAUAUUUAACAUUAAUAAUUAAUAUACUUUUUUUUUCUCUAAAAUUAUUAAUUUCUUGCUUUGCGUCCUAACAUGAUUAUACUCAAUGAGAUUAAUAUAGUAGUAAUUAUUUAAAUAUAGAGAAAAAGGUCAUUGACAUGAUAGAGAUUUGUUGUUUUCUUAGGUAAAAUCAAUGAUAUGUUAAUGUAUCUAGAGUUCCUCCACAUUACCACUGUCUUAAACAUUUAUGUAACUAAUUGUGUAAUGAAUAUAAUAUUUCUAAUUUUGAAUGUACUUACGAAUAAUUCACGUGGAAUCGUUUUAUUUGUCGGAUAAAAAAAUAACAACAUAUUGCAGAUUUGUCUUUGAAUAAUAUAAUUAAAAUUAUUUAUGUUAUUUAUUUAAGUUAUAUGGCAAAUAUUUGUAAAACAAAGAUAAAAACCUUUUUGAUAGGACACUUUGAAAAUUCAGUCAAUGAACUCUGGUCAGUUAAAUACCAACUUAUUCAAUGUGAAAAAUUACCAGAAAUUGGUAUUGGAAAAAUUGUUUAUCAACUUGUCAUUUGGUAAAUAAUUCUCAGGAAUUAGCCCUGUUUGUCUGUUGUUCGUUGAAAUCAAAGAUUUUCUAUUAGACUUAGACAUAUGUCACGCGUCAAAACUGAGGCGACAAAAGCGGCUAAUUGUCUUAAUUUCGACGAAAGUUGUUUAAACAAAUAAUAUCUAAAUAUUGUAUACAAUGUCGACUUAUGUGUUCAGGAGUUGUAUAUACAAUAUACAUAAAUAUUAUAUAAUAUAAUGGAAUUAAAUGUGUGCUUUGAUGAGUAGCUAAAUUCGGAUCACUGCGGUGAUUUUCUAGGCACGUAACAUAUCUGCGAGACGGAGUGAGCUCUAGAUGCGUGAACAUAUCACUGACGAUGACCUAAAUAAUAUGUUGUAUAAUAAUCACAAGGCCCAGUGCGAGUCCAAUUUAUUUGCUCAAUUUUAUAUUUAACUUUUUAUUAAAUUAAAACGCCAAAUUGCAAUGAACGGCAUUUAAAAACCUUUACAAUAUUAUUAUUUAAAUAAAUCAUUAUUUAUGUAUGAUAAACUUGAAUGAAAAAUCGUUGAAAUUAAAUUAAAAUUAGAAUUGAAUAUUCAUUAAUUUUAACCUUUUAUUAUUUAUAAUAUGCAUACAAUUCAUAAGAAAUAUUUUUCAGUUGGAACGGUUAUUCUAUUACUAACAAUUUCACCUGUGUGUAAAAAUUAAACUAAAACCUUGGACAGAAGCUUGCAAUUUUGCUUUGCGCUUUUUUUUCUUUAAUCAUAUGUAAAUCGGCCGAAAUGGUCUUUGUUAUACCGCCUAAAUCUAAAUUAUAGAUUCGUAAUAAUAAGUUGGCUGAGCCAUAAUAAUACGAAUAUCUUUGUUUCUAUACUUAAUUGAUUCUUAACUUUCUGGUGCAAUAGCUUAGUCAAGAUUUCGUUGGUAUCAUAAUAAUUUUUCCACAAUUUAAAGCGGCUAAUCUCAGAAGCUACAUGGUCACAUCUCGAUAUAAGUAUUGAAAAUAAUUAAUUUAUAUUAACAUACAAUCAAAUAAACGUUUAAAAAUAUAAUCACGUGAGUGUACAUGCAUUUAAAAUUACUUUUUUUUUUUAAAUGAAAUCUUUUCUCGUUGAUAACAGCAGUCUUUGUUAGUUCAAUUUAAUGAAAUGAACUUUGAUUCGAUUCAUUUUAAUUUUUAACAAUUUUGAUUACUUCCUAAUACUUACGUUUACCUUCAGUCUUAAAGUAAAAUCGGCAUGACAUUAAUAAAAUCAUAAACGUUGUAAAAAUAGUCGAGUAGGUAUGCUAUUUAUGACUUUCUAACCAACCAACCAAUCACACACACGAUAUAGAAUGAUAUAAAAAUUGUACAUUUUUAACCGACUUUAAAAAAGGACGUUUCUUACAUUUUUUUUUAAAAGAGCAACAUUCAUUUAUUUAAAAUAAAUUUAGUUCACAAGCUUUGAAACUAACGCCAUUUUGUUGAUCGUUUUAUAGGUUUUUUUUUUAAUCUUUUCUCUGGCUAUAGUUAUAGCUACCUACUAUAGUUGUGAAUUCGUGUCUUUGUUUGAAAUGAUCUGCAAGCAAUUCUCUACUUAAUAGUUAUACAUUUUAUAACACAUUGUAUGUAGGUAUUUAACACGAAAAGUGGUGUUUUAAAAUUGAUGCCGCUCUCGAGUGGGCAUCAGCAUUGUGAAAAGAUAGCAAUACUUUCUUGUUUUGCCUAUUUAAUAUAUUUGGCAGCGUCGCUUAUUUGUGCAUAAUGUAUAAUAUAUUUAGAUGUUAGUCGAACGGUUGCAAUAAAUCGCCUAAAGGCAUAAAAAUAUGUAUUAGUGUAUAGAAAAAUUAUUAUUAGACGUCAUCGAUAUAAUGGAUAUCGAUUCGGUAUACCAGUGAUAAAAUCGAUUUUUACAUACAUACACCAUUGUAAUUAAAAUGAUGUGCCCAUAUCUCAGACCAAUUAUUGUAUAGGACCUGCCUCGCUAGACGUUACUUUUCUGUCAAAGUAUAUGAUCAACGAUCUAAUGCGAUUAUAAAAACUGUCUCUAUAGAACCGAUGUUAAAUAGUUGUAAUCGUGUUCGUCGGUUAAAGAGCUCCGUUAAAAUACCAUUUUGUGUAAUUGAAUUGUGUAAAAAAACGGGCAAAAACUUCUAGUUUAGUAUAAGAUAUAUACAAAAUCUAAGCUCGUUUUCCUCGGAAAAUGACAGAUAAUUUUGUUCGUGACUAUGAGUGCGAUACAGGUCCUUCUAUAAUUGGUCUGAGGCCCAUAUCGAUCGAAUGGUCGCUGUUUCUCGAAAUAUUUUACAGUAUCAUAAUAACAAUUUACAAUCGUAUUCGUCAAUAAACAAAAUCGAUAUCCGUCUCGUCACUAGUAAUAACAAAUCAAUAACAAAUAAUAAUCAAACAAUUUUUAUUUUACGCAUGAAAUUAUAUUAUUAUUUAAAAUUUCAUUAAAAGAAAUGAUGUAUAUUUUGUAUAUAAAAAGAGAAUUGAAUGUUUUUUUGUCGAUCUACUUAUUAUUGUCAAAUUGCGUUGUGGUUUGUAAUAUUUAUGGCAUUACUGUGAAGAAUCACAGAUCUUCCAAACACGCAGGAAUCCACCAAAAUUAAAGGCAAUUUCUACAAAAUGGCGUGCCGUAAAUUUUUAAAAUAGAAUUAAUUUUCGAGAGAUAAAAAUAGCAUGAAUUCUGUGAAAUCGCCUACCCCUGUAGGCCUUAUAUGCGCACCACGAUGUAUCUCGAGAGCGACAUUUCGACCAAUAGCGGUGUAUUUAAAAGUAUUGCUGUCUCUUUCAUUAUAUUGGGAAAGAAAGAGAGAGCGAUAUCUUAAAUCAGCCGCCAUUUUUGUUAAUCCUUUUAUUUUUUUAUGGUAGAAAAAUUAUUGUAUGCCACUGCAAUUAGCCAUUGUAGCACUCGUAUUGUCUAUUGUGUAAUUCGAUUUCAAAAUCUUCAAGAUCACUCGGGAUACAAUGUCAUUACAUAACAGUGGCUUAAAUAACUAUUAUUGUAUGCCAAAAAUAGAAUGGAAAAUACACAAGAAAUUAACUUAAAAAAAAAAACUAAUGUACAAUUGGCGGCUUUAUCGCUAAUGAGCGAUCGAUAUCGUAUCGACCGAAAGAGAGCGAUAUUUCUGUCUCCCCGGCUAUUGGUCGAUGUUUGUCUUGUAUGUCGUGGUGCGUUUUUAACCUAAAUAUUUAAUGUGUUGUUGAACAUAAUAAUAAAUAAUUGUAUUUAUUUCGCUUUUUACUCGAUGUUGAAGUGCAUUUUGCUGUGAUGUUACAUUUAUAGGUAUGUUUGAAGUGUACGCACGAGAAAUAGAAACGCUGUAAAAAUGUGACAUUCUGUCUUGCGAAGGUUCGCCUUUGUAGUUAUAUUGAUAUUCUAUUUUAUGAAGAUUGGCUUUGUAAGUUGUACAGGUUUGUGCGUGGAAAUGAAGUAACGUCAACAAAACAGAAACAUACUAUUAUCAUGUAACUCCCAGUGGUUGCGGUUUUUUGGUAGACUUGUAUCGUCCAAAUAAUAAUUUAAAAAUAUGUUUGUUUUGUGAACGCUUCUUUAAUUAACAAACACAUACUCGAUUGUACGGUUUACGUACUGCCAAACCUUCAUCUUAAAAUGGAAAAAUAUGUAGUACUGAUACGCCUUUUUUUGUUCUACAUGAACUUCAGUAGCCUAAAUGCAACUGUAAAUAUCAAAAGAGUACAUAUUAUGCGUACAGUACUAAAACUUGGUGUGACAGAUAGAUCUACAUUUUUAUGAUAGUUUCUUUUUCAACGUACUAAUUGUAUAGUUUACACACUCAGACCAAUUAUUGUAUAGGACCGGACUCGCUAGAUGUUACUUUUCUGUCAAAGUAUAUGAUCAAUGAUCUAAUGCAAUUAUAAAAACUGUCUCUACAGUAUCGAUGUUUCAGAGUUGUAAUCGGUUUCGUUCGUUCUCGUCGGUACUCCGUAAAAAUAAUACCUUUUUGUGUAGUUGAAUGUUAGUAAACUUCUAGUUUAGUAUAAGAUAUAAUAUAAAUAUGUAAUAUAUCUAAUCUAAAGUCAUAAAAUGACAGACAAUUUCGAUAACGAUACUGGUCCUUCUAUAGUUGGUCUGAGAUUACACCCACAACCGAUCUGUUGGUUGGAGUGGAGGAGAUAAUUAUACUCGUGAAAGAGAGAUUGUUUUUUUUUUCAUUUCGCUUGUACGCUUUAGUGAAAUACUUGCCAUAUACAUUGUAUAAGAGAAAAAUUUUAGGAAAUAUCAUAUUUGAUAUACUUAAUGUUGUUUUUAUUUUUACUGUAGCAAUCUAUUUAGGAUGUUUUCUAAGGUCACAUUAUCUGUUUCAUGCUAAUAUUUUCACCCAACAUGGACUCAUUAAGAUAUUCACCUUGUUUUAAUUUUACAAACUUUUUUUCUAAUAUAAAUGAUAACAUUGAAGGUAAUUUAUUUUAACAACAACACAAAUUCAGUUGUAGAAAGUUUUCAAGAAUAGUUCAAGUCUUUACUCCUAUACUGGAAAUAGUUAACUAUAUUUAGUUUAAUGUAUGUGAAAGUUCAUGAAAUGUAUCUGUUAGGCCGAAUCCACACUCGUGUAAUAUGAUGCAUUUAUAUUACAUUACACGAGCUUGGACCCUUAACGUGUAGUAUCGUAAACAAAAUCAGCACUUUGCGCUCUGACGUGGAUUAUAAUAAUAUUAAUAAUAAAUGAAAAAAUAUGAAGUAUUUUGUAGAAUAUUAGAUGAAAUCUUUGUGAUAAUUUUUUUUAAAAUAUCAUUCAGUAGUGAAAACCUGUGUCGUGUAAAUAUAACAAAUACUGAUUAAGCUACAUAAUAUAUUAUUAUAUAUUUUGUUAACGGAUAUCGAACGGUGUGUGUAUCAUUUGCCUAUCCUAACUUAUCGCCUUUAGAUGUAAGUGCCUUUUGGGAAAUUCAUCUCUAAAUUAUAUGUACCAAUAUAUUUAUAUGUUUACGUAAGCUCAAUAACUUUCAAAAUCUACCCACGAAAUUAUUAAUACAAUUAAGUGUUUAAAUAACUAGAUAAUUCAUAUGUUUCAAUUGGACGUUCGUAAAAGUUGAUUUUUAACCGAGUUUAAAAAGGAGGAGGUUCUCAAGUUGACCGGUAUCUUUUUUUUUUUUUUAUUAAUCAUUACUGCCUGGCAGUGACAUGUAGCCGCGACCGUGGAUCGUUCGCGACUGAGUGAAUGUCGGGCAAUUACUUUGUUAUGUUAAAAACAUAACAACAAAAUGGCUUCUUAUUUUAAUUAUUUUAUAAAAUUACAUUAAAUAUUAAAUUGAUAAUUUAAAAAGAGGCUUAUUAAUAUAUAUGUUGGUACAUAUAUUAUGUAUAUCUGUUUGAAGUCAAAAGGCUCUUGUUAUCUGAAGAAACUUAUGGAGUUUGUAUAUUUUCCCACCUAGGCCUGAGUUUCUCCCGAACGGUUAAAGUGUAAGGUAUUCGUAUAAACAAUGGAACAUUUUUGCAAUACAUAUAAUAUAAAUUAUAUAAUUUUUAUUAUAAAUAUUUUUUGUAACUUUUAAGCGGAUCGUAAUAUGGUAGAAGCUCUUGUAUAUUAUGCAGAUGUUAAAUAUUAUUAUUUCUUUCUUAAUGUUUGAAACUAAGCAUGUAAAAUUUAAAAUAAUAAUAAUAAUAUAGAAUAAAAGAUGUUACGAUAAUUAAUUACAUAAAAUCUUCGUUUGAA